CGCGAGCACGUCUUCCGGAAGAUAGGAUCGCAUUACUGCUCUGCAUAGGGGCGUCGCAGCAUUGGUGGGGUCGGCUUUUCGCAGCAGCGGCAAGAAAAUUUGAAUUGCCGCAUAUAAUAAUAAUCAUCAUCGUAACAAUUGUAGCCGGCAAAUUAAUCACAAAACUCGGGGGAUGAUGAAGGAGGAGGCUCGUAACAUGGCCGCGCCGCUCGCCCACUUCGACGAAGAUUGGCAAGAUCUUUAUGAGCUUCGCAUGUCUCCUGCGAGAGGCUGCGAGCCCAAGGCUGAACCGUGGAAUUCCGAUCUCAACGUGACAUCCUCAUCCCCUCAUCUUCAGCAUCAUCACCAGGCGCAGCAACCACCACCACCUCAACAUCUUCCUCCAACAUCAUCGUCAUUUAGUCCGGCAGCCGCUGUUGCUGCUACUGCUGCUGCUGCUCAUGCGUCCGAGGUGUUUGGAGAUGUUGUCACCGUUAGAAUGUUGACGUCCACAUCGUCUUCGUAUAAUAUCUCCAGUGCAAUCACCACCAACAACAUCGGCAGCGGCAACAGCGGCCACAUCGCCACGUCCAACACCAUCGUCAACGGCACCAUCAACAUCAGCACCGCCGCCAAUGCCACCAAUAACAUCGCCAAAAUCACCGCCUCCACCACCACCAACAACACCACCAACACCACCACCACCACAUCGGCCGCGAAGGCAUUGGCGGCGUCGUCCACCGAUAAUUUGGAAGACUUCGCCGACCUGGAGAGCUUCUCGGGCGAGAUCGUGAGCUUCAAGUCCAUGGAGGACCUGGUGAACGACUUUGACGAGAAGCUGACGGUGUGUUUCCGCAACUUCGACACGGACACGGGCUACAUCGCACCCGUCGUGCCGCUCGCCGAACAGGGCUUGAAGCUCAAGGACGAUGAGAUCUGGAAUGCCGUGACGGAUAAUUUUGGAAACGUGAUGCCGGUGGACUGGAGCUCAUCUCACGCACGGACCCUGCAGAUCCCAACACUCAACAUGAAGGAGCGCUUCGAGCCCGAGGGCAUUACACUCGACCUGUCUGAUGAUGAGGAACUCCGAGAACAGCUGGACAUGCACUCCAUCAUCGUGUCGUGCAUCAACGAUGAGCCCAUCUUCACUGCCGAACAGGUGAUCGAGGAGAUCGAGGAGAUGAUGAUGAUGCAGGAGUCUCCGGACGGCGAGGAGGAAGAGGAGGAGACCCCCACGCAGUCCGACCGCCUUUCUCUGCUCUCGCAGGAGAUCAACGCCCUGAAGCGAUCGAGCACCAACAACUCCUGCCAGGACCGGCUGAAGCGCAUGUCGAUGGCGGGGCUCACGGAGCUGCUGGAGGAGAUGGAGUCGGCGGCGCGCAGCUUCUCCGAGGAGCUGGUGACGCAGCUGGCGCGGCGCGACGAGCUCGACUUCGAGAAGGAGGUGAACAACAGCUUCAUCUCGGCGCUCAUCGACGUGCAGAACAAGCAGAAGGAGCACCGCGAGUCGCUCCGCCGCAAGAAGCGCCGCAGCGUCGCCGGCGACAGCCGGGCGGAGCGCGCCGGCGCCCGCAUGCCAAGCGCGCGUUUCAGCAUGGAGAACCUCUCCAACGUCAUCCAGAACGGCAUCAGGCAGACGUUCGGAAACGGAGGAUGUGAGAAGCAGUAUCUGACGACGGUCAUCCCUUACGAGAAGAAGAUGGGUGCCCCGUCCGUGGAGGACCUGCAGAUCCUCACCAAGAUUUUAAACGCAAUGAAGGAUGACAGCGACAAGGUCCCAGCGCUACUCACAGACUACAUCCUCAAAGUGCUUUGUCCGACUUAAAAGCGAACAAGGGACUGGGGGUUGGGGGUGGGAGGGAGCGAGAGGAGGAAGAGGAGGAAGAAGAGGAGGAGGAGGAGGAAGAGGAGAACGAGGCGGGCGAUUGGGAACAAACGCUGGACCGCAGCGCAGCGGGGGGAGGAGGCGCGCGACGGGAACCUCGUGAGGCGACGCUCGCCGAUCGGACGGUGUGCCAUAGCCCCCCCCGUUUAGGUGUCCACUAUUCGUGAGUGGUAGCGAGUAAAGCGUGCGUAGUCUAGCGUUUGUGGGUCAAUGUGCAAUGGCGUGGCAUGUGUAUAUCGUUUGAACCGGAGCUUUUAACGUUCCAUCACCACUAGAGUCUUUCUCUCCCACCCCACGCCACCCCACCGAGCGAGCGAGCGAGUGAGCGAUCAGCUGUCUCUGUACGUACAUCUUCGGGGUGUGAGCCGGUCUUGAGGAGCAAAGCAGCCCAACUGUAACGCUUUAGCGACCAGCGCACGCGCGCAACGAGAGGCCGCCGCUUCUGUCGAAGAUGCCGGACCUGCCAUCGAUCAUGGGCAGUGGGAAACAAAACGAAAAAAGCAACGUGCUGAAUUUUCUCGAAAAUCAAGUAUGUGGCGUUUGCGCACUGACCAAAAUCUAUUUCCUAAAGCGGUAAUAGCGAGCAAUUGCAUUAGUAGCAAACCAGGGUGUGUCUGUUGUUAACACCUCUUUUUCCACUGGCAUUACCUAGCCGAGCCAGCGCGAGGAGACCCACUCGGUAACGGGUGGUUUUCAACCGGCUAUCUGCCGUGCCGAGCCGAACUGGAACCAAACUGUGCUACGCUGGCCUUGCGAGACACCUGAAUCUGGCUCAGGGCCCAAGCGCGGCCAGGAGUUCUAGUUGAUGACGCAGUCCUUUCGUGCGCCUUCACUUGAUGCCACUGCAACACGGUGUGUCGCCUCGUCACCGACACGCGUCCUGACGCGUUUGCGACGUCGGCGGCACGGUUUGGGUUCCGCAGUGGAAAAAUAACGUGGCCCCUCCCGAGUUGGCUCUACUAAACUAUGAGCUAUAUUCUUGGAUCUUUCGGUAAAGUCACGUGACUUUACCGAAAGAUCCAAGAAUAUGAAUCCCUGCAGUCACGAAAGCUUUAAAUAGAAAUUUAAACGAUGAGCAAUUUUUAUUAUAGCAGAUAAGGCCCACUGAACUAUAUAGCUCUUUCAGAAGCGACCUGGCCACAAAUGAUAGCUCAAUGAAGUGGCUUAUCACGUGAACAUUUCUAGCAGCCAACGCAUGUUGAUUCUAAAUGUGGAGGGAAGAAGCGGAGGACCCGGAGAAAAAUCCACGCAACCACGGGGAGAGAGAGACAUGCAAACUCCAAAUAUACAGCAGGCGUCAGGGUCGGAACCCACGACCUCCUGCAUACCAGGCGAGGUAGUUAACAUCUUGCCACAGUCGCUCGACAUGGCUUGGCAGGGCCCUUGUGUGGCUCGGUUGUCCAGUGGAAGAGAGGUCCAAGGGAAUGGGGGUGGGGGCCUUCACGUUGGGUUUGCUCUACGAAUGCUAAAAUCAAAUCUGCAAAAAGCUGAUGUCGAGAAUGUGCUUCCGAUGCUGCCGUUUUACUCCUCACGCUCGGUGGCUGGUUUAAGAUGCUUGGCUCAUUCAGAAAAUGUACACUCGAAGCAAAUAACAGCACAUUGUUAUGCACUGAAAUAUAUAUUUUGUUUGUUUUUCCCAAGAGGAAAUUAAUAGCGAACUAUUUAAAGUGUACAUAAAUUAAUGAACGUAAUAACUGCAUACGCAACUUCUGAGAUCCUGAUGGACUUGUAGCUUUUUUGGUUUGUGAUAAUAAUAAUGCAGUAUUUAUUCCAUGUAGCGUAUUAACUUGUAUGGUUUACCUAUGUUUUCAUAAUGGUAAACAAAAAUGAAUAACUUAAUAACAUUCGAGAUGCUUACAUUUUGAUUCACGGUGCUGUAAGCAGCUUCCACGUACAAAUUGGUAUGGGGCAAAACGUAAACAAUUUGGGCCAAAUAAUUUAAUGGAUUUAAUAUUUACGCCCGCACGAGCAUCACGUGUCCAAGCCCCUUCCAUCGUCAAUUCUCCAUUCAAGUCACAUGGAUGUAUCCUUCAAACCCCCCCUGCACAAACAUGGAACGUUCCAGGUUGUAAGGAGGCCCAAUGGCACCUCGGGGUUGUGCCAUUGUUCUAUGGGUGGUGGCGGUGGGGGGUUGGUUAUGCCGCACAUCGGGACCAUUGAUUUCACAUCGUGGAAAAGUGGAGCAUUCCCUAUCUUGAUGCCAGCAUCAGGAUUAAUUUAUAUCGCGACUUGCGAAUGCGAGUACAAUUAACACCAGCAAGCCGGCUUGGCCUCUAAAGCUCUCGCCUGCGUGCGUACGCCUCUCGCUUUGUCAAUCCACUGCUAGAUAAAAGCCUCCUCACGUCGUGAGGGUCAUGAGGUUCAAGUGACCACAUCUCACCGUGCUCGCAAUGCACCUGCUUAUCGUCGGAUCUCGUAAGCGAAGCGGCCAUUGAUGCCUGCGUAGCUUGGACCUGGAUGGGCGGCCACCGUGCGUCAAACCGGCGCCAUAAGCGGCGGGGACACAUCGCAAGCCGCGAAGGGCAGUUGAGCAAAAUGAAUUGUUGUACUGUACCUAUGUGCCCCCACGUCUAAGCACAUCACCUUCACCAGCCGACACUGACGAGCGCGGCGAAGCGUGAUCAAACUAACCCCAACGUAAACCCGCCGAGCGUGGGGAGACCCUCAUCCAGCAGUGGGUCGACAAAUGGCGAUUGACGUGUACAGAUGUACAACCAUUGGCUUCAACCUCGAGCGUGGCCUUUGGAGGAUGCCGCUGUGGGGCUCUUGAACAUUUUCGCCCGCCCAUUUUACCGUGAUCGAAUACGAGCCCUUGGCUGCAUCGUGAUCAGUGAGUGGUCGAUGAUGAUGAUGAUGUUCCUUGUAGUUAGUCGGUGCGAUGACCGGGAUGCCCCAGAGAGCAAGGCUGGAGGCUCCUGAGGGACAGAAGCCUCCAACCUUGCACUCGCGCCUCAUCAGUUCGUGUCGAUUCCGAGUGAAGUUUCCACGCGUGCACGCACAGCCCUGUUGAUGUCAAUCAAGCUGCUGGAUCGGUGGCCACACCGCCAAACGGCGCGGCUCUCUGAGGACCAUUUGCUCGUACGUCCCCGCGCUGGAUCGGCGUGGGAGCACAGAAGUGCAGCGCCAUAACGGAUUUUGCUGCACCGCCCUCUGCUGGGCCCACCUUGCACCCUGUGACCAAUCGCCCGAUCUCGUUAGGUUGAGCCUGCAUAGUCGUCGGAUCGGUGAGCACAAUGCAUAACAGGUGUUACAGGUUGCUCCGGGCGGGGGGGGGAGGCGGAGUGAAUCUUAUCGCGUUGGAAUUGACGAGAAACAAUCAAACCAAGUUAACGCUUGGAAGGGAAAAAUACAAAAUACAACCGCGGUACAGCGUUUCAAAACGACUGUGAAUGCAACCAAAGUUGCAGCCAAAAAUGUUUUGUGCAAGUAAUGUCGUGGAAUCGAUCGUCCGGAGGAUGCACCGGGAUUCCAUGUCGAUCAUUGGCUGUAGAAUCUUGAAUGGAAUUUUCAGAUCAAGACGUUAAUUCCACUCGCAGUAAACAUGCGGAGUUUUCGACUCCGUGCCAUUUUAUAAAGCAGCAGCAGUAACACGGUGUAGUCGCGGUUUCCUUGUGGCGAUUCGAGAUGGAAAUUUGAUGACCGAGGCACUGCCGAUUGAUCUCUACAUUGUCUGCGAACGCCCCAUCGAUAUUACUACGACUCGUACAAUUGAACUCUCGGUAUAGCGAAUGCAUAUCAUGAGUUCCAACAUUUCAGAUGUAUUUUGUUUUCAGUUUGUAGCUAUGAAACUUGUACAGCAAGGCUCUUUGUAUAUAUAUCUCCUUUGUAACGGUUUACUCCUAAUCACAGGCAUGCGGAUAAUCUUACGACGACCCAUAUUGUUCAUCGUUGACUACAAAACCCCACUACGAACAAAUACUCCGGCUUGUUGUCGAGCUUCCGUUGAGCCGCCAAGAAACAUUUGCGUUCCUUUGAUACACAAUCGUUUCCCCCCCCCCUCUCCAUGUUACAAUAACUUAAGUAGCGAGAGUUUGCGUGCGAUGAUUCGCCUCCGGUGAUUUGUCACUGGCCAUGUACCCAUUUCAUGUUCUGAUAGAAGCCUCUCAACUGCUGGAUGCAAAUCACAGUUUCCCCACGGAUUAAUGUCGAUGCAUGUCUUAGGUGUGUACAUGUGAUGAUGAUGAUGAUGCUGAUACAGACUCCACGAUGAUGGAUAAAGGUAACAACUUCU